AUGAUGUGUUGACGCAGUGGGAGCAGAAGACUGUCGGUCUACCGACAGGUGGGACAUUAGCACCCCUCUGACCUCUGACCUCUGCUGUGAGGUACAGGAACACAACACUGAUCACAGGUUAUGUGUCCUGAUGUGUAUGUUUCUAAUUUAGUGGGAUAAGAUCAGCGUCCCUUUGUAAACCAAUCAUCUGUCAGCGCCCUGCUGAUGUCACCGGUGGCCACGGCUCGUGGUUGUGAAUCAGUUAUAACUGUCCUCAGUCGGAGCCUGAGCCUCGGAGCUCUGUCGUCUCCCUGCAGGUUCACUGAUGAACUGUGGUGUGUUCUCAUGCUGUUGAUGUUUCCAUGUGAGCAGUUUAUAGUGAACAUGUUGAACCAGUCUCAGGUUGAGGUCCUGGUCUUAUCAGGUUUUAACGGGCUGAACCAGCUCAGGUAUCUCUACUUCUGCAUCACGUGUGCGAGUUAUCUGUUGAUUCUUCUCUUAAACGUUUCCAUCCUGGCUCUGAUCUGUGUGAAGCAGAGUCUCCAUCAGCCCAUGUACAUCUUCCUGGCCAACCUGCUGUUGAACACGGUGACUGGCUGUGCAGCUUUUUAUCCCAAGCUGCUCCACGACCUGCUGCGUGACGUGCAGGUCAUCUCCAGGACCGGCUGCCUCCUGCAGGCCUUCUGCAUCCACAUCUAUGUUUCUGUGGAAUGUAACAUCCUGACGGCGAUGGCGUUCGACAGGUACGCAGCCAUCGCACACCCGCUGACCUAUCACAGCCUCUUCAGCUCCUCCACAGUCCACGGCCUGUUAGCAGCUGCCUGGGUUUUACCUGUGGCCGGCUACACCUGUCUGCUCUCUCUGAGCGGCCGACUGCCGCUGUGUGCGUCCUCUGUGAGCCGGACAUUCUGCGACAACAGAUCCAUCACUUAUCAGUCCUGCGUCGACAUCUCCGUCAUCAGCCUGAUGGAGAUCGUGUUGGUCAGUGCCUUCGUCUUCCUGCCCGUGCUGCUGAUAUUCGGCUGUUACAUAAAGAUCCUCGCCGUCAGUUUCCAGGUGUCUAAAGGCAGCAGAGCCAAUAAGGCGCUGUCGACCUGCAUCCCUCACCUGGUGACCUACACCAGCUUUGUCCUCAGCGUCAUGCUCGAGGUGGUGCAGCCAGUGCUGGCCCAAAAAAACUUCCCUCCUGUGAUCAGAGUGAUCAUGUCGAUGGAGGGUUUCCUGCUGCCGCCGCUGCUCAACCCGCUCAUCUACGGCCUCAAACUGCCCGACAUCAGGAACCACAUCAGACCAAUGUUUAAAACUGCAGCACGAGUCAGACACACAGGACCACCUGUGACCCCCAAACUGACCGACUGA